AUGGAGCCAGCUGGCUCCCUCCCCAACGCCUCCAGUAACAGCAGCAGCACCAGCAGCACCCCACACUCGCCCGUGGUCACGGGGCUCAUCCUGCUGGCUGCCCUGGCUGUCCUGCUGGCCACGCUGGUGGGAAACACGCUGGUGGUGGUGGCCAUCUCCACCAGCCGGGCCCUGCAGGCACCGCAGAACCUCUUCUUGGUGUCCCUUGCCUCAGCGGACAUCCUGGUGGCCGUCCUCGUCCUGCCCUUCUCGCUGGCCAACGAGGUGAUGGGCUACUGGUAUUUUGGCGGCCUGUGGUGCAGCCUGUACCUGGCGCUGGAUGUGCUGCUCUGCACGGCUUCCAUCGGGCAUCUCUGCGCCAUCAGCCUCGACCGCUACUGGGCCAUCACCCGGGCAGCCCGGCUCAACCUGCGCCGCAGCCCCAGGAGGGUGAAGGGGAUGAGCGGAGUGGUCUGGGCAGCAGCCACCCUGGUGGCACUGCCACCCCUCCUGUGGGCCCAGCCGGGGGGAUGGGAAUGCCAGCUGAGCCAGGAGACAUGCUUCUUCUUCUGGAUUGGCUACUGCAACAGCAGCCUCAACCCUCUCAUCUACACCCUCUUCAACCGGGACUUCCGCGCCGCUUUCCGCCGCCUCCUUGCUGUCCCCCACUGGCCCUGCACCUAG